ACGACCUCCGCCGCCUCACGACGACCACGACACCCACCUCCUCCUCCUGCCUCCAGAUAGCACACCUCCACCUCCGCCAUCGCCGCGUCCUCGAGCAUGAUCCCAUCGCCAUAUGCACCCCGUCUCAGUCCUCACGUUUGGGAUCUUCUUAGCUGGCUACAUCACCGCGCGCUGGGAUCUCGUUACACGCUUGUAUGAGCUUGCCAUAUUCGCCUGGGAUCACGGAGUUAUCACACGCGCUGCGAAAGGGUUCGCGAUCCUGUCCAUCUUCUUCGUUGCCGUCCUGAUACCCGUCGAGCGCAUUGCCGCACGAGAAACCGAGCUACACCCACGAACACCAGACGCGGGAAUAUCAGCGCGGGAGCAGCUGAGACGGCGAGGCUCGUUCUGAGAAUACGCCUGGACACAGCGGCUCCCGCAAUGGGAGCAUGACCACCCGCAACUAUGGGUUGAUGCGCGUAUUCUGGCCCUCUGAUGCGCCAAGAGACGAUAUUCCGGGAGUGCUCGUAGGAUGGAGAAAUUCAGAUCUCGACGUGCUGGUCGUGGGCGUCCUGCAGGGCGUGGAGCCUCGCAACGUAGACUAUGCCUUGCGCAUGAGAUCACUGUUUCGCGGUAGUCCACAUUCAAUCGACAAGCUUGCAGCUCAUUGUGGCAACCAGCAUUUACAAGUCCUAGGAACGCUCAAUGCGGGUCCGUCCACCACGAACCACUUUGACCCGAAGAUGCUAUCACUACAUACCGUUCCGAAGAGCGCUAUGCCACGACUGGAGUACUACGAGAACACGGCUAUCACUUUUCAAAUCGUCAUGUUUGACCGGCCAGAUCCAAGACGAAUGCAGUACUUGUCGCUGUGCCCAAUAUCACUUGCGUUGUUGGACAAGCGAAGCAUAUAUGGCGGCGUACCCCCCUUCGACAGGAUCGACAAGGAUGAAAGCGAUGCUAGAAAGAGGAAAGCCAAGCUGGUGGAAAAACUCAAGCAGCACAGUGUCAUUCAACGUCCACGCACAGAGAAGGAGAUGGCUUUGAACACAAUCAUCGUGCAGAUCAACUGCUCGGCCGAGCUCGAUGCUUUGAUGCAGUCGAAUAUCAGCAUGGUUGGUGUGAGGAUGAAGAGAGCCAUGAGUGUUGGGGAGAGGGUUGUGGAGUCGGCUACUAACUUCAGGGACUUCGUCCAGCUAGAGACGAGGAACCUAUUUUGGUAUCACAUCUGGCCGUUUCUGAGACAGGCGUGCGUUCUUUACUUGAUGAUUCUACGAGUUACAGCAGAGUGUCUGCUUCUCUUUCUGGACUGGCGACCUUUCCGCCGUGCCGCGCUCAAGGACAUCUCGGCUACUGCGCAGCAGGUAGACAUUCGGCUGCAACAAUUUUGCUACUGGCCCGAUCAAUAUGUCACUCUCAACAGGAGGCGCAAUGAUUGGGAAAGCAUCACAAACAGCCAUCCCGAUUACAUUCGGUUCUUCAACAGCCUGUGGCUUGUGGCAAACGAUGUGAUCAUUGGCAUCGCCCUGGGCUCUUAUAUCGUGGAAAACGUGGACUACGUUGCAUAUCUGCUCGACAAUACAAUGACAGAGUACUCUGUGGCUGGCCUUCAGCAGAUGCUGACGUGGCUGAUGGACUACCCUGCUGGCCUGAAGUUGAACAAUGAACUCGCCAAGUUCCUCGGUGACUUGUUCUUGUGGGUGAUCGAUUACUGGAAUGGAUGCAUGGUUGAGCUGCGACCAGCGCUACCAUAUGUGAUACGAAUCAUCGGUGUCACUAGCUUCGUCGGAGCCAGUUUGCCAAUUUCCAUGUUCUCGGACUUGCUGUCACUCCUUACAAUGCACAUCUACUGCUUUUACAUUGCAUCAGCGCGGAUCUACAACUGGCAGCUCACCAUCAUCAUCUCGCUCUUUCAUCUCUUCCGCGGCAAGAAGCGGAAUAUAUUGCGCAAUCGCAUUGACAGCUGCGACUACGACCUCGAUCAGCUCCUGCUCGGCACCAUCUUGUUCACGUUACUGUUCUUCCUGCUGCCAACAGUAGCCGUGUUCUAUGCGACGUUCGCCGGUGCAAGGAUCGCCAUUAUUGCUCUCAAAGCAGCGCUCGACACUUGGUUGGCAUGUUUAAAUCACUUUCCGCUGUUCGCUCUAAUGCUCCGCAUCAAAGACUCCCGGCGCCUGCCCGGUGGCAUUCGAUUUGAAUUACAAGAUACCCCUCGCGCUUUGAUUUCAGCAUCUGAUGUUUCCGAGAAGCCGAUGAGACUGGCACAGACCUCUUACAUUAAGCUCAAGUCGAUUCCUCUACCCCUCUCGCAGACAUUUACACAAUACGCACAAUUGGGCCAGCGACUUCGCAAACACUACCUCUCUCCGAGGGUGUUUCUCUGCCUCGUGUCCGGCCAGUUCGUACCGCCGAUACAUCGCAAGAAUUUAUACAGUCUCCAAUAUAGCAUGCUCCCGGUCAAGCGAAUCACGAUUGGCGAGUUGUGGCAGCUCUUGACCGUGGACAAGAAGCCACAGGAGUACGGACCCGCUAGUUCUAAUGGGCAUCCGAUCACGCAUGGCCAUAUGAAUGGUCAUGGCAAGAAGAUGAAUGGAAAGAUCAAAGGCGCCAACGGGUACUGGUGGAGCAAAUAGAUAUGAAUUGAAUGAUUGUUUAAUGUAUAGUGUAACAAGAAAAUUGGGUUCAACUUGCCCAUCAAAACCUCUCAUUGAAACCCCCUCUUACUUCGACUUGCAAGUUUUUCUUUCAUGCGGGUUGAGGAAAUGGGCUUGCCAAAACAGUGGCCAAAGGUCAUAACAUGUUCAUUGAGUACAGCCUCGGGCUAUCUAUGCGUGCAAUGCAUGUGGUUGUGUGGUGUGGCGCCUAAACGCCAUAUUGGUACAGUGAUCUCGGCUGAGCUCUUCAGCUGGGGCACAUUCCGUCUUGUUCCCUUUACCCAGAUCUCGCCCACUCUCUGGAACGGGUACUUUAGACUACGAAUCAUCCACCUCCAUCUUCUCCGCAAUACCAGACUCUCCGUCACCAAUAUCUUGCACCGUCACGUACUUGCUAAUCUCCUCCUUUGUGAUGACCUUCUCGUUCAGCACGGCAGUCGUGCCUCUCUGGAACUUGUAGUUUCUCUCCUUCUGCCCUCGGACGUUGGGUGUCUUGAAAUUUCUCAUCAACGUGGUCUUCUCCUUGGUAAUGACGCACACAUCCACGUUGCUUCCCGACCCCAAAUCGUUCCAGAUACCAGCCUCAAUUGCAUCAGCGCACAAUUUGACGGCCUCGUCCUUGUUCAUGUCUGGCUUCCAUUGCGUCUCAAACACACUCAUGGCUGCGAGAGAACCUGAUCCCAUGGUCACGUAGGGUAGCUUAUCCGUGGAUCCGUGUGCGUGCACUGUGAAGAGGUGUGAGCCAGUGGGAUCGCAGCCUGCGACGACUAGGUAGGCGCCAAUGUGUCCUUGAUGGCGGAAGAGAUGUUGUUUCAGCAUGGUCAUGACGGUCACAACGCGGGGUUUGCGGCCGGUCGAGAGAGCGUGCAGUUCGAGGUUGGAGGAGAUGAGGGCGGUGGUGAAUUCGGUGUCUGCUGCAGUUCCGGCGCCGGCGCACCAGAUUUGCGGUGAGAUGUAGUGGAGUUUCUCGCAGUUCUUGUCAGCGACAAUGGGCCCGCUGGUGGCUCUAGUAUCCGCGGCAAUGACGACGCCGCCAUCGUAGAGAGCGCCGACGAUGGUGGUACCAGUGGAAGUGGCCUUGGGCAGAGGGACACCGGCGGCGUGCAGGGCGAUGUUUCUGUUGUGGUUGCUGAAGUCGAAGCCGGGCAUCUUGUCGACUUGUCUCGAGGCUCGAGCGCGUUGUCUAUAGAUGGUGCUGGUAGUAUUCGAGGACUGUGUGAGGAGGUGGGUGGUUGUGGUUGUGAAGUGGGUUCUCUGUUCCUGAGAUGUCUCUCUAGAUGUCUCUCUCUC